AUGGUGGACCUUGUGGACUCUGCGGAGUCCCUGGCUCCCGCGCAACACUCUUCGCCAGAAAAAGAAGAUCCAGCAAAGCCAAAGCCAACCGACUCAGAAAUUACAUCUAUCUCACCAAACACUAAAUCAGAUCCAGUUUCUAGUUCUGCUGAUGCUGAUGCUGAUGCUGAUGCUCACAUCACUACCUCUUCCACCGUUUAUGAUGCUGCUGCAACCGCUGCUGCUGAUGUUCUGUCUACCUUACAAGAGAAACAACCUAGGCGUCCUUCAACAACCAGUAGCAAUAAUAACAAUAACGACGAUACAGUCCUUGAAAGUAGGGACUCUGCAACCCGCGAUCCAGACACUACCCUCGUGCCCAAACCUGAUUCAUCCUCUCCUUCAUCUCCUCAACCAAGUAGCAGCAAUAGUAUGGCAAAAACACCUAGUCAGAGUCGGCCUGAAAGUCCGUCCAAACCUGAGCUUGUAGAAAAACCACCUUCUCCGCCAACACAACCUCCAUCCAUUACACCUUCGCCUGGGCCCGAAACGCUGUCAUCUGCAAUACCAACCGAAGAAGGUUUACCAGCUCCAAUCAAUGGAUCGGUUCUUUUAUCACCGCCAACAAUAGUCACUCCAAAGAAACCCGCGGAGCAAAUAAAAUCAGCAACUACACCAACAUCUUCAGCUGCAAAAGUGAAUCCAACAACACCAGCCACAGCUACAACGACAAGCCCAGGACGUCCCACUCUCGAAGAGUUUGAAGCAUUGCAACAACAAGUGCGUGAUCUUUGGCGUGUUGUUGGCACAUUGACCGCUGCCGUCGAGAACAACGCCGCCUCGGUUCUUGGCCGUCUACAGAGCGACUCCACUUUGAAGGCAAUUUUGUCGCAACAUGCUACAUCGCCUACCUCUGCGUCCACAUCUGCUUUUGUGGCUGUUACAACUGCGGCACCACGCUCACGAGGGGUUAGCUUCUCUGAUAGGUCGCAGUCUGGCCCCCGUGGCAUCAAACGGCGAUCUGGGCACCGGGAUGAACGGCGCGACUCGGAUUACUUGGAUGACGAUGACGAUAAUCAAUCCAACGAAUAUAAUGACGAUAAUAAUGACGAUGACCUUGACGACUAUAAUAGUAACUACGACUUUCACCACCAUCACUACCAUCACCAUCAUCACUACAAUAAUAAUAAUACUGACGACUAUUAUAACGACCAUAACCAGAGCUCGAAUGAAUAUCGGGGCUCGGGACCUUCGCGGAGACGCGCAAGCUUAUACAAGAAAGACGCGUCAGUGCCUAAUGUCUCAGGCGCUUUAAAGACAGGAGGAGCAAGCUCUGGUGCUGCAUCGGCAUCUUCUAAUUCUUCUGGUGCUGCGGGGUCUUCGUCCACGGCGGCAGCCGCAGGGAAGUCUGCGUGGCGGCAAGGAGGCAACAUCGGCGGCAGUUCCAAUACUGGCAGCAAAAAGCCACCAACGAAGCAGCAGCAGCAACAACAACAACAACAACAACGCUUGGGCUUCCAUGCCAUCAAUACUCGGCCUCCUCCGUCUCAACAACCACCACAACCUGCUAAUUUUUCAAAAAAUGGAACUCAACAUAAACAUAAAAAGCACCGCCGAAGUUACUCUUCAGACCGGUCUGUAUCGCCCGCGGCUAGACGCUCCGACGUGCAUAAAAUUGGUGGUGGUAGCAGCAGAGGCGGUAGCGGCAGAGGCGGCAACAAUGCCUCCACCACUACUAGCAACGGCGACGCAAGCCACACGGCGUUGCACCAGCAAGCCAGCCAACGCCCCCUGAAAAAAAACGUGCAGCAGCAGCAGCAAUCCACAACGGCAACAACACCAACAACUGCGCAAUUUUUGCGACACACGGACGACGACCAAACACCGGGUACCGUGGCCUCAACUACACCUAGUGUUAAAAAUUCACCGACCUCUGGGUCCGGGGCUACGAGUUUACAUCGCAGCAUGGUUUCUGCAGCUCCAACUGCAUCUGACUUGUUGGAAGAAGAUGACGAAGAGAAUUCGGCAUCAAUCCAAACAGGGUCCAAUGUUGUUGGAGAAGGCGAACAUGACGGCAGUGGUGAGGGAGGUCUAGCUACAGUCCUUGCAGAUGAGGAAGAUGUAGGGUCUGGAGCCGUGGUUCUCGCGCAGCAACCCGAUCCUCGGCGCUACUACGAAGGUCUUUCGGAGCGGGCAUCAUGGAUGGUCAAGUCCAUUACCAUGGAGAAGCGCAACAUGUACGGGAACCUGAUUUUGUUCCAGGACUUAUCUGUUGCAUAUCUGCGACACGGGACACUGAUUAAUAGUCGGGUAGCCAAGCAGCGUAUUUCGCCGUUUGCCAACGAUGUUGAUGAAAAAAUUCUGUCUAAGUUUUUGGAUAAUUUACAACGAUACCGUAUCUAUCUUCGCAAAAUCAUUGAGGCCAAGAUUGAAAAAAUUAGCGAUAGCGUAUACCUUACUGGGUGUCUUGAAGAUGUGCCUAUGCUGGAAACAAUCUAUAUUCCAGAUGACGAUGAGAACGAAGAUGAUGAAGGGAUUGAGAAACGGCAUAAAAAAAAUGCGAGUAAAGAUUACGAUGAAUCAGACGAGCCACGUCCUCCUAAACCUGACUUUGACACCAAACUCAUCACCCAGGGUUUGACCAGACAGCACCUCACACGCGGUAACCACUUGUACUGUAUCUGUAACCGUGUUGUGGGUUACUGCACGUCCAUUUGUCCCUGCUACAAGGCCAACAUUGGGUGCACAGACAAGUGCGAGAUGGUACCUGAGGCAAAUGAUUUUUGUCCGAGCAUUGCACGACGCGGUAAGAAGACGAGUGUGGGACAUGCACAUGGUCAUACUACUCAAUCUGGACAGAAACAAGCGGCGACAGCGAUACAGAAUCGGAAAGCUGUUGCUGGAGGUGGUUCUUCUGCAGCUGUUGGUGCUGGUGAAAGUGAGGAUGUUGGCAAUGCAGGUGGGGUGAGCGGAGAAGAAGAGUCUUCACAGUGA